AAUUACUAUAAAUGGUAAAGAGGUCUCACAUUUCACUACCUAAUACUCCCUCUGUACCACAAUAAGAGUCACAUUUUGUCAUUUCGGUUUGUCCUACGAUUAGAGUCACAUUUCAAUUUUUUCCGUAAAAAAUAAGUAGCUCACACGUUCCACUGAAUCACUUCACUCACGUUUUAUUGUGGGACGAACCGAAAUGACAAAAUGUGACUCUUAUUAUAGGACAAAUGGAGUAUUAUUCACUAGAGAGACUUACAUACCCUUUAACUAGGUACAUGGAGAUACAACUUAACAUUUCAUACAAAAUGUAUUAGGUGAACACAUAAUUAAACUUGCAUUUUUGCAAAGGAAGCUGUGAAUGCAAAAUAGUGAAGCAUCAUGUGAUCUGGUUUUGUAGGAUAUUCAUGUUAGAACUAAUAGGCCUAAGGUUGGGUGUGAUCGGAUUAUUCUGCGUCGCCCUUCUGUUUCUCCCGGUUGCUCGAGGCUCCCUUCUUCUCCGCCUCAUCGACAUCCCCUUCGAGCAUGCUGCCCGAUAUCACGUCUGGCUCGGCCAUCUAACCAUGCUCCUCUUCACUCUCCACGGCCUUUUCUACGCCAUCGCAUGGACCAUCGAAGGCCGCCUUCUCGAUCAACUAAUGGAAUGGAAAAACAAUGACGUGGCGAAUCUUCCCGGUGUGAUCAGCCUUGCAGCUGGUUUGCUCAUGUGGGUCACAUCUCUUCCUGGUGUUAGGAGAGUCAACUUCGAGCUCUUCUUCUACACCCACCAAUAUGAGAUAUUGU